UAUAUUAUAGUAUCAUCAAAUCGUGUGACCCUUCACUCUUCCUAAAAAGUUAAAGAAUCAUAUUAAUUCUUAAUGUUUUUCUUCUAAGUUCUAACAGAUAAACUCGUCACUCUCUUGGUUGACAUGUUCUCAUAAAUUCAACUCUCAACUGUGGUUGUUGUCCCUUGUCUGUUACCAUGAACAAGGUCUUCAAGAGCCUGCUUCGGAUUGGUUCUUUAAGCCAAAUCAGAUCAACUCAGCUCUACUCAUCAGCUCAUCAAUCACGCAAAAUUGGCAACUUUUCUGAAGAUUCUGAUCAGGGAUCAUGGGAAUCGAUGGAGGGUCUACUUCAUUGCCCUGCAAAUUUCACUCCUUUGUCUCCUAUCAGCUUCUUAGAGAGAGCAGCAAAGGUUUGCAGAGACAGAACAUCUCUUGUGUAUGGUUCUUUGAAGUAUAGCUGGGGAGAAACCAAUGAAAGGUGUCUCAAACUUGCUUCUGCUCUGACCCAGUUGGGAAUUUCCCGUGGCGAUGUGGUUGCAACCCUGUCACCUAAUGUCCCUGCAAUGUAUGAGCUGCACUUUGCGGUCCCAAUGGCUGGAGCCAUCCUUUGUACCCUAAAUUCACGCCUUGAUGCAGCUAUGACUUCAAUCUUGCUGGAACAUUCACAAGCGAAGAUCCUUUUUGUAGACUACCAACUACUUGAAAUUGCUCGGGGGGCAUUGGACCUCCUACACAAAAGAGCGAUAGAAUCGCCAAUUUUAGUAUUGAUUACUGACUCUAAUUGCUCAUCUACCAUUGACAUUACUUCAAUUAGUUAUGAGUAUGAGAAGCUACUGGCUUUUGGGCACAAUGGUUUUGACAUAGUGAGACCACAUAGUGAAUCGGAUCCCAUAAGUAUAAACUACACCUCUGGCACCACAUCUAGGCCUAAAGGAGUUGUCUACAGUCACAGGGGUGCUUAUCUGAACUCUCUAGCAACGGUUCUACUCUUCAGAAUGGACCUUUACCCUGUUUAUCUUUGGAAUGUUCCAUUCUUCCAUUGCAAUGGUUGGUGCCUCCCUUGGGGAGUGGCAGCACAAUUUGGUACCAAUAUCUGUGUAAGGAAAGUCACUCCAAAGAACAUAUUUGAUAAUAUAACUGAGCACAAUGUGACACACAUGGCAGGAGCUCCUACAGUAUUAAACAUGAUUGUGAACUCAGAAUUAACUGAUAGAAAGCCACUCAAUCAAAAGGUGGUAGUGAUGACAGGAGGUUCUCCUCCACCGCCGCAAAUCCUGUACAAGAUGGAGGAACUCGGUUUCAGCGUUUCUCACCUAUAUGGCCUCACAGAAACAUAUGGUCCGGGGACUUUCUGUGCAUGGAGACCUGAGUGGGACUCAUUGCCUCCUGAAGAAAGAUCAAAGAUGAAAGCCAGACAAGGGGUGCCCCAUGUGGGUUUGGAGGAGAUUGAUGUCAAAGAUCCUGACACAAUGGAAAGCGUUCCGAAUGACGGCAAAACAAUGGGUGAGAUCAUGUUUAGAGGGAACACAGUGAUGAGUGGAUAUUAUAGAGAUUUGAAAGCAACAGAAAAAGCUUUUAGUGAUGGGUGGUUUCAUAGUGGGGAUCUUGCAGUGAAACACCCUGAUGGCUACAUAGAAGUCAAGGACAGAUUGAAGGACAUAAUAAUCUCUGGGGGUGAAAACAUUAGCUCAGUUGAGGUGGAAACAGUUUUGUAUAGCCAUCCAGCAGUUCUUGAAGCUGCGGUUGUUGCCCGGCCGGAUGAUCAUUGGGGUCAAACUCCUUGUGCCUUUGUGAAGUUGAAAGAGGGGUUUGAAUUUGAUGCAGAUGCCCAAGAAAUCAUAAACUUUUGCAGGGACCAUUUGCCCCAUUACAUGGCUCCUAAAACAGUCAUUUUCCAAGAUAUGCCAAAAACAUCUACUGGGAAGAUACAAAAGUAUGUUCUGAGGGAGAAAGCUAGGGCCUUGGGAAGCAUUUCUGGACCCCAAGAGUAUAAUAAAUUGUAGUAGAUUUGAUUACUCAAGAUAGUUAUAAAAGAGCAAAGAAAGAAUAGUCUCAGCCAUUUGGAGGUGGAUACACGCUUCUUUGGUUUAGAGGGAGACAAAAAGAUAAAAAAAAAAUGUGACAACUGACAAAUGAUAUGAUGAAAAAACAAGACAAAGGGCAAUGGAAAUGUAAAAGGAGAUAGAAGGAAAAGAGGGACAAAAUUAUCUAGUGUUAAAAAUAUGUUUUUGGUCUAUGUAAAUGUAGGGUCGGUUGAUUUUAAUCCUUCGCCGGAGUAAAUUUGUAAUUUAAUCCUUGUUACUUUAGUGGUGUUUCAAUUUAGUGGUGGUGGAUACACCUUUCCUA